ACUGGAGGCAAUUUACGAACGCACCCAUAAUUUCGGCCACGCCGCCAUUAAACCUCAAAGAAGAAUAAAAUGACACGCUGUCAGAUUACAUUCUCAAAUAAAACGUUUUGGUCCAGCCUCAUCAGUCACUAUAAUGCCGCUGCAGCAGAGUCCUGUGUGGCUUCCCACCGACCUCAAUGUCACCAAAAGAUGUAUAAUGUACAAACUUCUCGUCUUGGAGGACGCCAGGAAUACACUGGACAAACAACUACGACAUUUAACCGAAAAGGCCAACGUAGAAGUCCGAAGCUUCCUGAGCGCGCCUCAUCCUAUCAAUGUGCUGGACAACCUCGUCAGGUCUUUGGAUGCUAAAUGUUAUGCCAUUGAGAAACUUUCAACUGCACUCAAAAACCUGACGACCGAUCCACAAUUCAGUGCCCCAGCUUCCACCAGACCCCUAAACAGCCUGUUGCAGCCAGCGCUAUCCAGAGACCGAGGCAUCAUGACAUCGUCAGACGUGCUGAAGUUUGGUCCCAUGCUGCAGAACGUCCUCAUGGCCGGCUCCAUCACCAAGGCAGUACAGAUGCUGGGAGCCUUGCCUGCCCUACAGCAACUCAAACUCUUCUGCUCCUCUUCCUCCUCUCAAGACUUCCAGAAGGAUCAGGUCUUUAUAUGCAGCAUCUCCUCCUCCAGCAAAGUGGCAAAGCUCCCAAUCCCCAGCUCCUCAACCAGCGUAGCCAGUCUGAAUCUGACCAAAGACAAUGGAAUCUUUAUCUCCAAGGAGAAGACACCGCAGCAGCCAAAUACAACGACGGUUACAACCACUCAAAUCAAAGAGAACAGUCAAAUCAAACAAACACCUGGAGCAACAGAUCUAGACCUACCUGUCCCAGGUGAGCUCCUCUCAGGGUUCAGUAACCCAGCCUACCAGAUGACAGCCCUGGCUCCUCCCCCUCUAGAAUCAGGAAGUGACACCAGAGUGCAGCACCAGAAGCAAACUUCCUCUCAGCUCAUGCAAUUCCUGCGAACCAAUUGCAGGAACGAGCCGUUCAUGGAGUUGGCCGCUUUCUUCCAGCACACCAGCUACUACCAGUACACCUCUGAUUCCACCGCCCCGGCAAUGACCUCUGACCCCCUCCCGGAAACCAAGCAUGCCCAGGAAACCCAGAAUGUUCUAGAAACUAAGAACCACAACGUCAGCGUCCCAAAGAAGGAGCUGUUCUCAGAGCUGCCAGAUAACCAGCUGAACCAAUAUGCCCCGGUGUUCACAGUAAAGCGUGUGGAGUCUGGAGGCUCUCUGAUCUUCAGCUGUAUCAUUGCCACCAAGACGGAGCUCUGGGACAUAGGAGACGUCUUUACCGAGGCGACAAGGAGCGGUCCUUCCUCUGACGUCGUCACCACCUCUGAGAACAAGAUGUCUGCCACUAGUCUCCAGUGUCGGAGUGUAGAGAUCUCUAAUACAACCCUCCAACCCCCAGCUCCAUCCAUCCACAGCCUACAGAUCAAAGAGGGACAUGUGAUUGGGGAGGUUCAGGAAGAUAUCAACAAUAUCAGUCUGUCUCCAGAACUCCAGAGAUUCCAGAACUGUUGUUCCUUGGUUACCCCAGUUAACCAGUGUCUGAACAUUCCAGAGUUCCAGAUCCGUAAGUUUGAGGAGAUGGCAGUGGUGGUGAGUCACGUGGUGCAUCCUGGGAACUUCUACAUCCAACAGGCCGACGCCACCCUCCAGCUGGAGGACCUCAACACUGAUAGUUUAGCAGAGCUGAAGUGUACUCCAGACAUCGGGACCUACGUCAUGGCUUGGUUCCCCCAACAGGAGAGGUGGUGUCGGGCACAGGUGGCCAAGAUAUGUGGCAUGAGUGGAGACAUCAAUGAGGUGGAGGUGAGGAGGCUGGACUACGGAGACACUUCCUGUCUGUCUCUAUGUAACAUCAAGGAACUCAGUGCUGAGAUGACAUCACUUCCUCUACAGGCCAUACAGGUCUCCCUAGCUAAUGUGCGCCCAGUGGACGUGUGUGGCUGGACCCAACAGGCAGUAUAUUGGUUCAGAGACAUGGUGGGCAACAGGACGCUGUACGCACGGCUCUACCCUCAGGGAGAGAGACACAACCCCAUGGUGGAACUCUUCAUGGAGAAGGGAAAACUGGGGUCCAUGAGGAGAGGAGCCUCUCUGUCUCUGAGACUGGCUCAGAAUGGACAUGCUAAACAUGACAAGCUGAGGAACCUGGGAAUCAAGAGAAGUAGUGCGCAGGAGCGAACCAAGAAAUGGCAGUCUGCCUGGAACAAGUACCUUAUUUCCUGUUACACCCAGAAUAAGAAGUAAUCAGGCUGAUAAAGGUGUUGUAGUUCAUUCCCCCUCACCUCCCUCUCCCCUUCAUGAGCCACCUGCCUCCGUCACAUUAACCAGCCUUGAUACAGGUUGUCACUAUGUGGCCAAAUUGGAAGCCCAGCCUUGUUCUAAAAUGUUCUGCCAUUGUAAUCCUUUGGGCAGUGUCAUCUUUUUUUACUUUUGACUAUUUUCUACAUUGUAGAAUAAUAGUCAUCAAAACUAUGAAGUAACACAUGGAAUCAUCUAG